AUGACGGUCAACGCUGCUGCCGCUACCCCGACCCACUUCGAGGCGGCGUACGACCCCGCCCGCGUCCUCAAGAGCAAGGAGUUCCGCGUCCUCAACGCCGACGAUGCCGUCCUCGCCGACAAGAAGGCGAACAUUGCCUGCGCCUACAACCCCGCCCACGAGGUGCACAUGAUCAACAAGCCGGUCCCCACGCCGCGCGAGGGAGAGGUCAUCGUGCACGUCAAGUCGACCGGUAUCUGCGGUUCUGACGUCCACUUCUGGAAGCAUGGCCACAUCGGUCCUACAAUGAUCGUCACGGACGAGUGCGGUGCCGGGCACGAGUCGGCCGGUGAGGUUGUCGAGCUCGGCCCUGGUGUGACGGACCUCAAGGUCGGUGACCGUGUUGCGAUUGAGGCCGGUGUGCCGUGCUCGCUUCCGGACUGCGACCCGUGUCGUACCGGCCGCUACAAUGCCUGCCCCCGCGUCGUCUUCUUCUCCACCCCGCCGUACCACGGCACUCUGACCCGCUUCCAUGCCCACCCCGCGGCGUGGCUGCACAAGCUCCCCGACAACGUAAGCUACGAGGAGGGCUCGCUCUGUGAGCCGCUCGCCGUCGCUCUUGCGGGCAUGGAGCGUGCAGGCGUUCGGCUCGGCGACCCUGUCGUCGUCUGCGGUGCCGGUCCCAUUGGACUCGUCACUCUGCUCGCCUGCCACGCCGCCGGCUGCUUCCCCAUCGUAAUCACGGAUCUGUUCGAGUCCCGUCUCGAGUUUGCGCGCAAGCUCGUCCCCACCGUGAAGACGGUGACGAUUGCGCGCGGCCAGAGUUCCGAAGAUGUGGCCACGGAAAUCAAGAAGGCUGCCGGGGGCCCGCUCCGCGUCGCGCUCGACUGCACUGGUGUCGAGAGCUCGAUCCGGGCUGCCAUCUACUCUGUCGUCUUUGGCGGCAAGGUCUUCGUCAUCGGCGUCGGGCCCGAUGAGCAGAGCUACCCCUUCGGAUACUGCAGCGCCAACGAGAUCGACCUUCAGUUCCAGUACAGGUACGCGAACCAGUACCCGAAGGCCAUCCGACUCGUUGAGGGCGGCCUCAUCAACCUCAAGCCGCUCGUCACCCACCGCUUCCCGCUCGAGAAGGCCGUGGAGGCGUUCCAGGUCGCGGCGGACCCGAGCCAGGGCGCGAUCAAGGUGCAGAUUCAGGACUAG